AUGGAUGUAUAUUAUUCAUGUAAUGGUUGCAAUCAACUGACAACAAGUAAAUUAUCAUGUCCAGUAUGUAAAACAAGAGGUAAAAUAAGUAUAUUCUGCACACAAGACUGUUUUAAAAUGUUCUGGAAUAACCAUAAAUCAAAACACAGAGAAAAAGUAGUCGAUUUCGGAUAUGAAGCAGAUUACGAAAACGACCCACACCUGAGUAAGUUCCGGAGGUUCAGAUUUAGCGGAAAUAUGAGACCAUGGCCACUAAGUGAGCCCAGAAAGGUCCCGAAUCACGUACAAAAACCGGACUACGCAGAAGAUACAAUACCGCACUCAGAAAUCAGAGACCAGAACCCAUAUACAAUAAAAGUGUACGAUAUAAAAACAAUAAAGAAAAUAAGAAAGGCGUGCGUGCUGGGAAGAAAGGCGUUGGACCUGGCGAAUUCACUGGUUAAGCCGGGAGUUACAACGGACCAAAUCGACGCAAUGGUCCACAAGUUCAUAAUAUCGCACGGAGGAUACCCGUCGCCGCUUAACUACUACGGAUUCCCAAAGUCGUGUUGCACGUCAGUGAACGAAGUAGUAUGCCACGGAAUACCAGAUACAAGGCCGCUCGAGGAGGGAGAUAUAGUAAACGUGGACAUAUCAGUGUAUCUCAACGGAGUACACGGAGACCUGAAUGAGACGUUCUUCGUAGGAGAAGUAGACGAGGAAUCGAAGAAGCUAACGAGGGGAACGUACGAGUCACUGAUGGAGGCAAUACAGCAGUGUAGACCAGGAAUGUACUAUAGAGAGAUAGGCAACAUCAUCAACAACGUGGCAGACAAAUACGGGCUGUCAGUAAUAAGGUCGUACUGCGGCCACGGAAUAGGAACUGAGUUCCACUGUUCACCAAGCAUACCACAUUACAGAAAGAAUAAAGCAAUCGGAAUAAUGAAGCCAAAUCAAGUGUUUACAAUAGAGCCGAUGCUAAACUUGGGUAAACAAGUAAAUUGUAAAGAGAAUAUAGGUACACACAAAGAUAUAAAGUGGCCAGACGAUUGGACAAUAACAACAGCAGACGGAAAGAGAUCAGCACAAUUUGAACACACGUUGCUGGUUACAGAAACAGGUAAAAAUAAAAAAGUAAAAUUGGAAAAAAUAGGAGUGGAAAUACUGACAAAAAGAUUGGAAUCCUCACCACCACUGGGAUUUGACACAACAAUAGUGCCAAGAACGCCGAGAAUGCUUAAGUUGAUACUCUACGAUGGAACAAAAACACAAAUAGCGUACGAAUAUGAGCCUAUAGGAGCGUUAGACUCAUUCUAUGACAUAAUAUGUAACAAAAUGUCGAGAUGUUGCGCAAAAAUAGCACUCUACAACAAGCCAGUGGAGAGAAGAGGCACGCUGUGGAUAACGAACAGCAACGUAAAGAUACUGUUCGAAGGGUACAGCUGUAACUUGUACGAGUUAGAGAAGGAAGAAGAGGAGGAGGAAGACUGCAUAAUAAUAGACUCGGACAAUGAAGAAAACAUACAGUUGGAGACGGGGAGAGUGGAGCUGGACAUAUCGUCAGAAAUACUGGAGUUAGCAGACAAGUGCUUCGAUGCAGAUCGUUUGGACGACGAGGAAAUAGCUGAGGAUGAUUUUGAAGUAGAUAGCAUCAGCGACGAGGAAAACAUCCCAGAAACUGAGAUAGGGUACAGCCCCUCAGAAGAAUAUGAUGAAGUCGCAGUCAGUAGCGAAAACGACAACACAGAGCACUUAACGGAAGGAAAUAUCGGAGAGGAUGAAAAGGAGCCAAUAGUGUUAACUAUAGGUUCAAAUAGAAGCGAAGAAAAUGAAAACGAAGCAAGUAGAAUUAGUGCAGAUAAAGUUAAUGAGUGCAAGAAUGAAGUCAUCAGUGUGUCGAGUGGAGAUGGGACUAGCACCAGUAGCGGAGCGGAUAACGACCUUGAAGAAGGUAGCAGUGAAGUUAACGAAAGUAUUGGUAUUAGUAACAAGGGCACUAGUGGUGAUGACGAUGCUAGUAAUGAAAAGAAGCAAAAGAAUGAAGAAACUUGGAAAUGGGUAGCACCAAUGCCGGAGUUGAGAGACUACUUUCACAGAAAAUGUAACUACCUAGACCACAGCUACCUGUGCUACAUAAAGAGAAAUAAUAUGGAAAACAACAACGACUCAUUUGUACAAUAUUGUAAAAGGAGGUUCGAAGAACCAAUACAAAAAUACGGAGAAGUAAACAUGGAAAACCUGUGUAAACUGCUAAACUUCUCAAGCAAGUUGCAGGAAACAGACUGGGAGUUCAAAGGAGAGUACAGCGACUACAGGUACGGGUUCCUGAACCACACGUCGAAGCUGAUGGUGGAAGAUAAAAACGAGAUAUCAGUCCUGCUAAAGAAGGUACUGGAGAGAAUGGGCAUCGAGGACGACGAGAACAUGUGGAUAGGACUAAUGGACGACUGCUUCAACUGCAACUUCUGCAUAUUCAACACGGAAAUGUUCCCAGAAAUCGAAAAGAAGGAAGAGGAGCUGGCAAUGGCGCUGGAGCUGAACAGAAUAACAGGCUUCUUCCUGACAGAAGACCUGGUAAUGGAGGAGACCCCAUGGGUGAGAGUAGGCAAAAAGGCUGCUGAAGCACGAAGAAUAUCUUAA